UGCAUGAGCGAUGAAAAGAGCUUAAAAAUGUGGGUGUGUGGAGGUGUGUAAGAAGAGGUGAAACGCAGCUGAAUGUUGAAAAUCCAAUCCAUCUUCCAUACCUGAUUUACACAGCGGUGUGUCUAAAUGAGCAGCCUGCCUCUCGGCUGAUGAGCUCAACUCCAAAAUCCCAACAAGCCUCACAUCUUCAUCUUCCCUCAACUCACCCUCCCCCCUCACUCCCUCUUCGUCAACACUGCUGCAACAUAAACACACAACUCCAAAAAUUGAAAUCCUGCACGAGCCUGGGAUGUUUUUGUUCACACAUUUCUGCAUUUUACCUCAAACAGCCUGACAACCUCUUUGCUUUAUGGUUACAGAUGAUCUUGAGCAGCUUACAGUGUAAAAGACUUUAUUGUGAGUGCAGCAAUACUGACCUCCAGUGCGUUGAGGUUUAGUAAAAAGAGAGAAAAUCAGCCAAGACACAUGUAGCACUGACUGCACAUUCAUUUUCAGGCUUCUCCCUCAUAUUGAGUCAUACAAUUUGGAAAUGUUUUGCCUCAGUUUAAUUGUAACAAAAUAAUAAUUUGGAAAAUUUGAGAAUUUGGGCUAGUCUUGACAGUAGACAGUCUUGUCUCCAGCCAUAUCAUAUUCUCUCAAUAUGAAAAUAAUGCUCUGUGCCGGGGGGCGGGGCAGCAGUGGGUGAGAUUUGUGAGAACAACACAUGGGGCAUCAUUAGAAACCAGAGCGCACCAUGCUGAAGGAGGGAGAGCUGCGGCUGGACGGCACUUAAACAGAGACGCAUGACAAGACUAUAACAGGAUGCACGAGAAUUAUUUAUUUUUUUUAUUUAAGCAAGUUGUCUUGAGAUGCGCAUGAUCAACAGGCUGCAAAUAACCUCCAAAGACUCCAUUAAGUGGGACUCUUUUCACGCGCGCUUAUCCAUGUCGUCAGAUUUGUCACUUGGCCGCGGAGCUGCGCGUUUUUGAUGGACUCUUCAGUCAUCAGAGGGCUGAAUGUGAAUUCAUGCCAAGAUUCAACCGGUCCAGGAUAUAUAUAAAGCGCACACAGUCGGGAUGGAUUCUUUUAACGCCAGCGGAAUGGACGCGUUCACGGUGAUCCAUCUGAAUUCCUCCUGGAGUCUGGACAGUGGAUAUUCUUUAGCAGCGAUAGCCGGCAUUGCUGCUCUUGUAAGUUUUCUCAUUCUCUUUACCGUUGUUGGGAAUAUUCUGGUGGUUAUUGCGGUGUUGACGAGCAGAGCGCUUAAAGCCCCACAGAACCUUUUUCUGGUGUCUCUCGCCACCGCGGACAUCCUAGUCGCCACUUUGGUGAUGCCGUUUUCUCUGGCGAAUGAACUUAUGGGCUACUGGUAUUUUGGAAAAGUUUGGUGCGGUAUUUAUCUGGCUUUGGAUGUUUUGUUCUGCACUUCGUCUAUUGUUCACCUGUGCGCAAUAAGCCUGGACCGGUACUGGUCCGUUACGCAGGCUGUAGAGUACAACCUGAAGCGGACUCCCAAACGCGUCAAGUGCAUCAUCUUAAUUGUGUGGCUUAUAUCUGCUUUCAUCUCAUCUCCACCUCUCAUAUCUAUAGACAGCAACAAUGAUAUCAGCUCUCAGCCUCAGUGCGAGCUGAAUGAUGACACUUGGUACAUCCUCUCCUCCAGCAUCGCGUCCUUCUUCGCUCCCUGCUUAAUCAUGAUCCUGGUGUAUAUCAGAAUAUACCAGGUGGCCAAAACCAGAACCAGAAGCAUGUCGGGGAAAACCCCCAGGCCAGAUGGUGUUACACAAACUGAGAAUGGACUGAGCAAAGCCACCUCUCCUUUCCAUGGUGAGAAAGAGAACGGUCACUGUCAGUGCCCGCAUACGCCCAGCCAACGCACCGUCACCAUUGGGCAACAGACUGAGGAUGCUGACAUGGAGGAGAGCUCCUCCUCAGAGGGCAAAGGUCACAAACCCCAGAAAGCCAAGAGGGCCAGCCAAAAGAAAAGCUCCCUCUCCAAACAAUCCACUCGCAUCUCCAGAGUCAGUAACAAAUCCAUGGACCUCUUCGCCUCCAGGAGGAAACGUCGCCGGAGCUCCUUAGCCAGGAAAAAGGUCUCUCAAGCCAGGGAAAAGAGGUUUACAUUCGUCCUGGCUGUGGUCAUGGGGGUGUUUGUUGUGUGCUGGUUCCCCUUUUUCUUUAGCUACAGCCUGUACGGCGUGUGCAGGGACUCCUGUAGAAUCCCCGACCCGCUCUUUAAAUUUUUCUUCUGGAUUGGCUACUGUAACAGCUCCCUCAACCCUGCCAUCUACACCAUCUUCAACCGGGACUUCAGACGCGCCUUCCAGAAGAUCCUCUGCAAGUCAUGGAAAAAGUCUUUUUAGAUCUGAAGCAGAACUGCUGCACCAUCGUGACAAUCUUAAAAGGAAAUAUCAAACUGAAUAAAAAAAAAAAAAGAAGAAGCCUGUUUUGUCACAGUUACGUCUCCUUGUUCUGUUGUAAUUCAGUCAUGACAGUGCACCCCCUUAACCACCUACUGGGUGUCUCUACAAGCUUCAACAUACAAUGUGUUUCCAUUCCAGGCUUUCUCAAUCUGAUUAGUGAGUUCCACCGUUCUUUUAUUCCUACUGAAGUGUGCUGUAAAGCUUUAUAUUGUAUCAUCAUUGACUAAGCUCUUGGCACACACAUGGCUGGAUUUAUCUGCUAGGGGGCCCCAGGGCAAAAAUUAGCUCCUGCCCCCCCCCUCCCCCAUUAACACCCUUUUGUUCCCACCACUCUGCAAUGUGUCUAUGCUUUUUGUGCUAGAAUACUACUGGGCCACAGAUUUGCUGUGUGGUUAUUUGAAUAAACAUAUUAAUUUAGGAAUAUGCAACAUACAUAAGCACAAAACUGAGAUAAUGAAGGAUUUAAAACUUGAUUUUGAAACAGGGAUCCUUUUCAAGACAGAGCCUUAAUCCAAUACCAUGACAAAUACCAUGAUAUAGAGCGAACAACGGCACUGCAAGUAAUAGAACUAAGGUUGUGGGUUAGCUUAGCUAGGAUGUGGGUUAGCAAACUGUCCCUACAGUUGCUGCUAUGAAGCUAAUUGGAGCAAGCGGUAGGUUAGUUUAGCAUAGAAUACAGACUGGAAACAGCUAGCCUGACUCUCUGCUAAGGUAACAAAAUCUGCCUCAUAGCACCUCUAAAGCUCACUAGUUAACACUUUAUAUCGCAUUUGUUUAAUACAUACAAAGCAUAAAAACAACAAUUCACGGGGCACCCAUGUAGCUCACCUACUAGAGUGUGUACCAUUAAGGCUGAGUCCUGAGUUGGGUGCCGGUAGGCAGAUUUUGUUACCUUUCAAACAGAACCAUGCUAACUGUUUCCUCACUCACAGUCUUUAUGCUAAGCUAAGCUAACCGACUGCUGCCUACAUAGUUACCGUACAGACAUGAGUGGUAUCGAUAUUCUCAGCAAGAAAGCGAAUAAGUGUAUUUCCCAAAAUGUCAAACUAUUCCUUUAAAGGGAAACUUCUGGAUUUUGUGUCUAAGUGACUAAUUGGGUCAACAACUUCUCAAACUGGUCCAGUAUUGAGCGAGAGCGCUGCAGCGAAACCGGCUGUAAUUUAUUCAUCCGGGGCAAUUGCGCACAGUCAAGUUACGUCCACUAAAAGUGCUUGUUUUUGCCACAAAACAUGGGAAAUUAGGGUCCAGGUUGAAAAGUUACCCUUUAAGAUGAGCUGAUAAAGCAGAACCCAUCUUAAGGCCCUCAUCAUAUCAGUGUUAUGCUUACAUUCUGCAUAUUUGUGUAAAUGUUUUAAUUCAGUUAGCACAAACCAUUUCACAGACACUAAGCCUUGGGCCCCUUCGGCACCUGGAGUUCUGGGGUCUCGGGGGCAUCUGUCCACCCAGGUUGAUGAUCCUGCAUACACACUUAAAACAGUGGUUUCCUGCCUUUUUUGCUUGUUUAAUAUGUCUACAAGUUAGUAGCAGUUUAACUGAAGUGACUUUCCCUUCUCAAAUCAUGCAAUUUAAAUAAUUUUUAGAAUCCUGAAGGGCUAAAACUAUCUAGUAUUUUACAAGAAAAAGUGAAUCAUUUGAGAGAAAAUAUAAACCCCUAGGAAACUGCUGACUUUGUGGAUAAACUUUAACCAUGUAUUUAAAAAUUCUUUAUUACUUUUUGUCUGCUUGCCAUGAUGUUGUUGUCAGCUUUUUUGAGUGUGUCUGCUAUAAACGUAAAAGACUCUAAAACAGUAGGAGUGAAGGAAUUUGGCUGUGUUCUUCAAGCAUCUGGAUGCUUUGAGCGUAUUCAUGCCACCAAAGUGUCAUCAUGGUAAUUCAUAACACAGCUGACAAAUGGCAAAGCACAAUAGCAGACUAAAUCACUACAGAGUCUGUGUUCUGAUCUCUGACUGGACCUUAAAGAUUUGAGACUGAGAAGGGCUGAUGCUCCAGACUAUAAGCUAAAUUAUUUUUAUGAUGUGCAAAAGAGGUCAUUGUUUUCACAGUGGCCAUAAACUGCUGAUAAUUAAGAAACAAAUGCAUUUAUUUUGCAUUUAUUUUUCAAGAAACUACCUCUCUGUUUUGUUUGUUUGUUUUUGUUGCUGUUUUUGGAUUUAUAUUUUGCAAAGUGCAGAACACAUCUUUCCUCUGCUUAAGCUGUCUGCUGUUGUGCAAAAAUAAAAGAUGAAGUCUUAUGUGAA